CAGCGGGGAGAGACACGCCGAUUCUCCCUCCGCUCUCCCUCCCUCUCCCCGCCUCUUAACCGCGCGAGAAACUAGAGUGAGGGAUAUUAAAGCUAGUUCUAAUAAUACGAGUGGACAUAAUGUGUUGGUGACAGAGCGAGAGCGAGAGAGAGAGAGAGAGAAAUAUAAAGAAAGGUGGUUAGAUGGAUUAUUUCAACAAGAUGGAGGCUGGCGGAGGGUUCGUUCGGGCUGGACUCCUCGGGCUGACUCAAGGGGUGUCCCUACAUGACCCCCUGCGCCUCCACCACGCCCUCCACACACAGGCUUCGGAUAGCGUGAAGGAAGGCACCACAACCACAUCCUUACUAAGACCACUAACAGAGUACCCCCACUUGCCCCUUCUCCCCUUCACCGCUCCACCAUUUCUCCACCCACACCUCGAUCCACGCCUGCCCUUCACGCCCUCCGCCUUCCACCCACUCCACACGCACCAUGACGCCCAUCAACGCGCCCACGACCCCCAUGGCAAACUUCCACCACCCCAUACGCCAAAUCUGAGUGGAUCAGCUUUUUCUCCACUACCUGCAAAGACAGCGAAGAUGGAAGACUCCUCGUGUUCCUCUUCCAUUCCUUCCUCCUCCUCCAGUUUGUUCUCCCCAGCCCUCCUCGCCUCCCUAGACCCCAGGACGGCGUUUCUAAGUGGGGGAGGUGGAGGGGGAGGAGGAAUUGGGGUGCUAGAUGAAAGAAGAGACUCGCCUUCACCCCGGGGCUCACACGGUUCAAGGGAGUCUCCGGGACAUGCUCGCGACACUGACACACCGAAUUCCUGCAGUGAUGAGCCUAAAGGUGAGUGGUUAGUGACUUCUUGGCUCAUAGGACGCAAGGCGCGGCCCGGGGAGUCGUGGUGUCCAGUGUGUGGCGUCACCCUGCGGGCGGGGGAGCUGGAGGCGCACCUCACCCACGAGCUGGACAAGCUGGCGCGCCUUCCCCACGCCCGCCCGCCCUCGCAGCGCACCCCCACGCCCACAACUGCCCAGUCCGCCGCGCCCACGUCCGCCACGCCCUCCACGUCAGGUGUGGGCGGCGUGGCGUCUCCGCUCAGCCCUCACCUGCCGCCCCACGCAAGAUCACACGCCCGCGAUCCUGGCUGGGAUACGUAUCAGCGAGUGAGGGCAAACAGACAGGUGAGAUUGAGAGCCAAAAAGAGGAGGUCGGGACGAGGAGACGAGUGUGGACCGGCUUGUCCCGUGUGUGGAGAAAGAAUACCUGCAUCCACACCAGAGGAUCUCAAUGCACAUGUGGAGACCUGUUUGAGAAGGUCUGGCGCCCCUGGUCUGCUGCAGCCUGGGGUGGAGGAUGAGGUGGUAGAUGUGGAGGGGGAUGGGCCGUAUGAGGACUUCGAGUGGUGUGGGGGGCAGAGGAGGGGGCGUGUCUCCCUUCUAAGGCCCCAGUCACAGCUGCUAGAACGUCACAGAGAAGGAGGAGAGCGCACAGGAGACGCGGAGAUGACCAGUGGAGGAGGAGGUGGAGGAGGAGGAGGAGGAGGAGGUGGCGGAGGAAAUGGAAGCAGCGCGGAGGGAACGGACGCGGGUGGAGGAGGCGAAGGAGGAGGUGGAGGAGGAAGCCGAGUGGAGCCGAUGAGUGUGGAGCUGGAGGCUUUGAAGGAGAAAGUUAGGGUUUUAGAGAGAGAUGGAGGGGGUGCCGCUCCUUCUAAAUUCCUUUGCAUAGUGUGUCAGACCGAAUACGACAGGCCGGCAGUGUCUGUGGUGUGUUGGCACGUGCUGUGUGAAGCUUGCUGGGCACACUCCCUGGGUUCCAAGAGCGAGUGUCCACAGUGUUCCCACAGCGUCUCCCCAGAGGACCUGCGCGCCAUCCACUUGUGACCACCCACUCCCGCCUAGCAGCCACCCACGGCCACGCCCACGCCCACACACACGCCCUCCCACACGCCCACGGCCGCCCACACGCCCACGAUCCGCCCCUCCUCAGCACCCACCCCCACGUCGCUGUCCAGGCCGCCCACGCCUAUACACACACCCAUACACACGCCCACACACACGCCCACGCAGGUUGCCACCCACCCCAUGCAUCUCACACGCAUCAUGUCUACCUCACCCAUUCUCACGCCCACUGUGACGUGUCUCUUCAGCCCACACGCGCGCCCUGACGCCAGCACGCCCAUGGUAACCCACACUGGCUUUCCUCUCCCACGGUCCCUCCUCCUCUCACUCCCCCCACUCCCUCAGCUCUCUCUCCCACGCCCUCAAACAAUUUAUAUUCUGAAGGCUCUCCCUGACCCCCCUCCCCCCACCACACCCCCUCUAAAUCUGACACAGAGUCCCCGGACCCCAACCCCCCGCUUGGUUCCCCCCCACCUGAUCCCCCCACCCCCACCAUCCCAGACCCAAACACAGGUAGAAAAUAAUGAAGUUUAGAAAAUAUUACCUUUUAUUUACGUCAGGUCAAAGGGCAUGGCAGGCGUGACUGGGUGAGUGUGACCUGCGCCCUGGGUCAUGAGGUCACGUCAGGUCAGGUGAGGUCACGUGAGGUCAGGUCAUAAUACCCAUAUACCCAUAAGAGUAAUUUUUUUUUUAUUGGUAUGGGAAAAAAAUUAAUAAUAAAUAAAGAGAGGAAAAAAUUGUUAUAUGUAAAUGGUGUUUGGUUUUUGAAAUGUACAGCUUAGUUUGUUUGUUUUUUUUAUUUGUUUUAUUUAUUUGUUUUAUUUUUUUUAAUUGAGUGGUGGGAAAAUAUAUGAAUGUAUGUAUGUAUGUAUGUAUGUAUGUAUGUAUGUAUGAUAUUGUGUGUAUUUUUUAUUUAUUUAUUUUUUUUUUAAGAUUUGGUGUUUGUUUAUUUAAUUUUUUCAUUGGUUAUCGAUUUGAUUGCUUUGGUUUGUGGCAGAAAAAAACAAAACAAAACAAAAAGACAAAAGAAGAAAAAGAAUAAGAACAUUUUGAGUGCUUGAAAAAAUAUAAAUAAAUAAACAAAAGUAAAAUAAUAAUAAUAAUAAUAAUAAUAAUAAUAAUAAUAAUAAUAAUAAUAAUAACAAUAAUAAGUUUUGGAAAAUAUUCUGGAUCGAAAUGAAAUAAGGAAAUAAUACAAGAUUCAUUAAUUUAUUUUCACUUUUUUUCCUUCUUCCUUAAAAAAAAAAAAGAUAAGAUUCUAUUUAAACAACUAAUUAUUCAUUUCACAUUCAUUAGUCAGUGAACAGAAAGACUAACCCGUUUAUUUUCACCCACUGCUAUUCAUAUUUUCAUUUAUUUUCAUCUUAUUUUUCUAAUCCGAUGAUAAAGAAAAGGAAAAGAUGGCGGGAACUUAAAAAAAAAUUGUUCUUUGUAUAAAAAAAUAUAUUGUGAAAAAAAGAUUCUUGGUCAUUCUUAAGUGUUGUGUGUGUGUAUGUAUGUGUGUACGGCGCCCCCCAUCCCCUUUUACCCCCUCUCUCUCUCUCUCUCUCUCUCUCUCUCUCUCUCUCUCUCUCUCUCUCUCUCUCUCUCUCUCUCUCUCUCUCUCUCCCCCCUAUUUACUUUCUCUACCUCUCCCUAUCCUCUUUUUCAUUCUCCCUUGCUCUCUCUUACCUCUCCCUUUACUCUCCCUCUCUCUAUUCCCUCUUCAUUCUCUCCUUCCCCUCUUUAUUCUCCCUUGUUCUCCCUCACUUCCAUUCUUCCCCUUUAACCUCUCUCCCCCGCUCUCUCUCACUUGGUAAAUUUCCUCUCUCUCUCUCUCUCUCUCUCUCUCUCUCUCUCUCUCUCUCUCUCUCUCUCUCUCUCUCUCUCUCUCUCUCUCUCUCU